AUGCUUCCCGUGGAUUGGAUUAUCGUCGUCCCAUGCGGGGUAGGACUCGUCGCAGCUCUGUGCCAGUUCCUGAUCAUCAAGAAGAUCAAGCUGCAGCCGGAUGAUGACUCUGAGGCUUCCUCGGACCUGAAGAAGCGCCUCAUGGCCGGCGGCGAGAACGCCCCGGAGAAGCUUGUUCCAGAGAUCUACGAGAAGAUCAUGAGCGGCGCCAAGCAGUUUUUGAGGGUGGAGUACGCCAUCUGCAUGGGCUUCUGUCUCAUCUUCUCACUCGUGAUCUACGGCCUCGUGUCCUGGGGCACCAAGAGUGCCCUGCAGGGGCAGCUGACGGCCGGAGCCUUCUUGACAGGUGCUUUCACCUCCAUGCUGUGUGGCUUCCUGGGCAUGAUGAUUGCUACGUUUUCCAACGCCCGCACUACGCUGGCGUGUGCUCAUCAUGGUUACACGUUGGGCUUCAACACGGCCUUCCGCGGCGGCAGCGUCAUGGGCUAUGCGCUGUGCUCCCUGGGAGUCUUCGUUCUCUGGGUUCUGUUGACCUUCUACCGCACCAUCUACCCGCAGGCCGACGACUGGGAGAUCCUCUUCGACUGUGCGGCCGGCUAUGGCCUGGGUGGCAGCACCGUUGCCAUGUUCGGCCGUGUCGGCGGUGGCAUCUACACCAAGGCCGCCGACGUCGGUGCGGACUUGGUUGGCAAGGUCGUUGCCGGCCUGGAUGAGGACGAUCCCAACAACCCCGCCACCAUCGCGGACAACGUCGGCGACAACGUGGGCGACAUCGCCGGCAUGGGCGCGGAUCUUUUCGGCUCCUUCGCCGAGAGUACCUGCGCUGCACUGGUCAUCGCCGCCGCCGCGGUGGAAGGCUCGCACCACACGCUGGCGAAUGCCGGCUGGGAUGCCAUGCUCUUCCCCUUGGCCAUCUCAGCUGCAGGCAUCGUGAUCUGCAUUCUCUGUGGCUUCGUAGCCACCAACGUCUCGCCUGUCAAGGAAGAGGGCGACAUCGAGCGUGUGCUGAAGGUGCAGAUGGUGCUCACAGCCGUCCUGAUGCUGCCGGUCAUCUACUACCUUGCAGUUUUCUUGCUCCCUGCAGAGUUCCGCCUGGAGGGUGUGCGCCUGACUGGGGAUGGACAGCAGGCCAAGAUCACCGGAAGCCCUUACAAGUGCUUCAUCUGUGCCACCAUGGGCUGCGUGGGCGGUCUCAUCAUCGGCUUGGUAACGGAGUACUUCACCUCCCACACCUACGUGCCCACACGUGAGCUGGCCGCCGCGUGUAAGUUCGGCACCGCCGUGAACAUUAUCCAGGGCUUGGCCUUGGGCUACAAGAGCUGCAUCGUGCCGGUCUUCGUGCUGUCCUCCGCCAUCUAUGUGUCCUUCCAGCUGUGCGACCUCUACGGCAUCGCCUUGGCUGCUUUGGGCAUGCUCGCGACGCUCUCCUGCGGCCUCACCAUCGACGGCUUCGGCCCCAUCUCGGACAACGCAGGCGGCAUCGCGGAGAUGGCGCUCUUCGGCCCCGAGGUGCGCCGCCGCACGGAUGCCCUGGACGCCGCCGGCAACACCACCGCGGCCAUCGGCAAGGGCUUCGCCAUCGGCUCCGCCGCCCUGGUCUCCCUGGCCCUCUACGGUGCCUUCGUCGUGCGCCUGCGCGUGAAGACCGGCGUCAACAUCCUGGAGCCCGUCACCUUCGCCUUCCUCAUCAUCGGCUGCAUGAUUCCCUACUGGUUCGCCGCCCUCACCAUGAAGUCCGUCGGCAAGGCCGCUGGAGAGAUGGUCGCGGAAGUGAAGAGGCAGUUCAGCGUCAAGGACUCCAAGGGCAAGACCCUCUUGGACGGCAGCGAUGAGCUGAAGCCGGAUUCCUUGACCUGCAUCCACAUCUCCACGGAGGCCUCCCUCUACGAGAUGGUGGCACCUGCCUGCCUCGUGAUCCUCUCGCCUCUUCUGGCCGGCACCUUCUUCGGCGUCCAGGCCGUCUUCGGGCUCCUCACGGGCUCCCUGGGCUCCUCCGUGCAGCUCGCCAUCUCCAUGUCCAACUCGGGCGGCGCCUGGGACAACUGCAAGAAGUUCAUCAAGAACGGCUUCUCCGAUGAUCCUGAGCUGCGCUACACGAAGAACCCCCGUACUCCGGAUGAGAUCAAGGCCGCACCCAAGGCCAAGGAGGCUCACGACGCGGCCGUCCAGGGCGACACCGUCGGAGAUCCGUUCAAGGACACUUCUGGCCCUGCUCUGAACAUCGUGAUGAAGCUGCAGGCGAUCGUGUCCUUGGUCUUCGCUGCUUACUUCGCUGCCAUCAACAACGGCCAUGGAUUCCUCGGCCAGGCGACUCUUUGA